CUCUCUGGUAUUACGCCAUUACUAGUUCAGCAGUGCAGCUAAAAAGAACGGAUGAAGUGUCGUUUUCAAAUUUAGUUAGGUUAGGUUAAUACAGAUCUUGUCAGAUUAGGUUAAAUUGUAUAUAAAGCUUAGUCGGGAUUAAUUUGAAAGUGUUGUAUAAAAAAUUAUUGAAAAUUUGUAUAAUUUUGCAAGUUCAUUAUCGAUGAGAAAUUAGCAGAAAAGAAGAUAGACAAAAAACCGAUAUCUAUCUGGCUCUAAGCAACGCAUUAUAAAAAAGGAAAUUUUCUUUGAAAAAGAAAGGUUAGGUUGUGUCAUAUAUCGGUAUAUAAAAGUUUACAGAUGCUCUGUGAUACGAAUAUGUUCUGAAUUUGACGUCCAGACGUAUAUAGAAACAUUUGUGUGACGUUUUAAUCAUCAGAUUAUAAAUUUUAAGCUUACGACUUAAUUUGAGAAAUGAGAAUCGCCGUAGAAGGUUGCGCCCAUGGCGAAUUGGAUAUUAUUUAUGAGACAAUACAAGAAAUCGAAAAAGUUGACGGGAGGAAGAUAGAUCUGCUCAUUUGUUGCGGAGAUUUUCAAGCUGCCCGAAAUUUAAGUGAUCUGGAAUGCAUGGCGAUAUCAAAUAAAUACAAGGAUAUGUGUACAUUUUACAAGUACUAUUCUGGUGAGAAAAAAGCUCCAGUAUUGACAAUUUUUAUCGGAGGCAAUCAUGAAGCAUCGAAUCAUCUUCAAGAGCUACCUUAUGGAGGAUGGGUUGCACCUAAUAUUUAUUACCUUGGAUAUGCUGGUGUAAUACAAGUGGCUGGAGUCAGAAUUGCUGGACUUUCUGGCAUUUAUAAGAGUCAGCAUUGGAUGCAAGGACAUCAUGAAAAACCUCCGUAUACAGACAGUACUCUCCGGAGUGUAUAUCAUGUUAGAAAUCUAGAAGUAUUUAGGUUAAAACAGCUCUCUGGUAAAAUCGAUAUCUUCCUGUCUCAUGACUGGCCAGCAGGAGUAACAAAAUACGGUGAUGAAGACGCAUUGUUGAAACGAAAACCGUUUUUCAGGAGCGACAUAGAAAGCAAUACACUCGGUAGUCCGCCGUGUAUGGAUUUGUUGGAGCACCUCUAUCCAUCCUACUGGUUCUCUGCACAUCUGCACUGUAAAUUCGCGGCCGUAAUCCCGAAGAAGGGAGAGGAGGCGCGUGUGACUAAGUUUCUAGCGUUGGACAAGUGUCUGCCAAAACGCAAGUUCCUCCAAAUACUGGAGGUGCGCUCACAGCAGGACAGUCCCGUGCAGCUGAGCUAUGACCUGGAAUGGUUGACGAUACUGUACCUGACGAAUCAUUUGCUGAGCGUUAAGAGUAACAUACAAUAUAUGCCCGGUCGCCACGGCAGCGAAAAAUGGAUGUAUACACCCACCGUGAAGGAGAGGCAGACCGUAUACGAGAAGUUCGACUCCGACUUGCGAGUGCCGCUCAAUUUCGCUCGCACCGUCAAACCGUAUGACCCAUUGGCCAACGCUCAGAUCGAGCGGCCGCGGCUGAUGAUAAACGAUCAGACCACGCGAUUCUGUCAGACGCUGGGUAUUGAUGAUCCAUCUGCCUUGCUGCAAAUUAUCGCGAAUAAUAAAGACAACAGUAGAUCGGACGAGAUAUCGAUGAACGUGGAGCCUAUGGAGAUCUCGUUUGACGAGGAAAACGCGCACUUGAGUUCCUUUGAGGAAUAUUCGUUGAGUAAAUAUUUGAGCGGCGGUGCCUCGCCCACGAACUCGUCCUCCAAGAGCAAUGGCGAUGAUGAGCACGACGAUUCGGCUGAUGUGAACACCAGUGAAAGCGCCUUGGACGACAGCGUCAAUGACUCCACAACAUUUGUGGAUUCCGCUUUCGCGGACGACAGUAACGGGCAAUGUCAAACAAUGGACAAAUUAACCAUCAUAUCAGGGAUAUUAUUUUUAGCUGCAGAUAUAUUUGCCAUAGCUAGUCUGGCUAUGCCAGAUUGGAUUAUCACUGAUGUUGGAGGUGAUACAAGAUUAGGUCUCAUGAUAUCAUGCAUGACCUUGUACAAUAGACCACAAGUCUGUUAUAAGUCAGAUUUACAAUCAGAAUGGUUAAUGGCAUUAGUCUGCAUAUUUGUAGGUUGUAUUUUGAUAACAACAACCAUAAUAUUACUGGUUAGCUCACAUUGGGAUCGUAAUGUCAUUCCUUACGCACGUUGGGUAGGAUUUGGUGCCAUGGUGUUAUUUUGUCAUGCGGCAGUUAUAUUUCCAAUGGGAUUUCAUAUUGAUGAAAUUGGUGGGCAACCGUAUCAAUUACCUAAUUCGCAUCAAGUUGGAAUCUCCUACAUUUUGUUUGUCCUAGCUCUAUGGAUCACUGUAAUUUCUGAACUUUUUGCGGGCAAAGUCUGUCUGCCGCAUUUUUAGCAUUAUACUCCGGUACGAAUACUUUUUGACUUUAUCCUGUUGACAUGUAUAUUUAUAGUGUGUAGUAAUAUCUAUCUCAAUGGUAUAUAGAAUUAUUUAUACUCAGUAAAACUAUAUUGUAAAAAUAUGAGAAGUAUUACAUUCCUGUAUUAUAUAUGACAAGAUUAGGUUAAAAUAUUAUAAAAAUCAGCUACAUUUACUUUCAAUUAGAAUAAUUAGAUGGUUUAAGGGUAUAUUAUAGAAAUAAUAUAUUAAGGAUGUACUAUAAAAGUAUAUUGUAACCUUAAGGGAAAGUAGUAAAUAAACAAAUAAUAUUGUUAUAUGUAUGUACAUAUAUAUUAGACAGUAUAUACAUCUCUUAGUCGCAACUCAAUUUUAUAUAACAUAUGUACAGUUUUAUAUUUUUGUUAUAAAUUCUUAAAAUCUAUUUAUAAAACUCUAAAUGGAUGCGAAUUAUGUGUAACUCACCUUAUUACAAUUAUACUCAGAAUUUUGUUCAGACUGUUUUGUAUUACCUACAUUAUGAACAUAUGCAAUAUAAUAGAUUGCACAGUUUUUGUAAAAUAGAGAAACAAAAGAUCAGAUAAAUGACACAGUCUGAAAAACUUUCGGUUUCCACUUAUUUAUUAUCAUUUCCUAUUUAAACUAUUGCUCUUAUACUUUCUGCAAUUAUGAUGGAAGUAACAAAAAGUGAUAUUUAUCUGCUUGAGGCCCGUUUCCACAAUUUAAUCUAAGUUUAACUCGUUACAGGCCUAUUCAGAUAAACGUAUAUAGUAUAUGUGCACAAGAAAAUUAACCAAUUGUGUGUCUAAUAUAAAAGACAUCUUUCUGCAGAGGUCAUACUUGAUUAAUUUCUGCAGGGAUCAUACUUGGUUAAUUUCCUUAUGCAUACGCAAUAUGUGAUUAUGCAAGUUUGUGUGGAUAAACCUUUAACGAGUUAGAUUCUGGUUAAAGUUGUAGGAACAAAGUUUUGUGUUUUAAUUUUACUGAUAUAUAUUAUUCAAUAAUGCAAUCUACAUUGAAAAUAAGUGGAAUUUCUGUAGUUUCGCAUGAGUUGAUUAACUAUAAAGUCACAAAAUACUAGCUAAGAUAAUCUUUAAUCGUAAUAAUAAAGAAAUUUUGUUGAACACUUUUGAGGUUUAAAACAGUAUAUGAAUAUCGCAUAUUUAGUAAAGAUUAAUUACAAAACGCACAGUAUAUAAUCUUACAUAAAAUUUAUUUAUGAUAAAGUCUUUCAAUGCUUCAUCUUGCCAGUAUUUUUCACAUAUUGAAAUGUUUUACAGAUGCUUAAUGAGAAAGAGAUCUAUGUUAAGAUCCAGUCAAAUAGAAUAUAUGUAUAUGAUUUAUUAUAUACACAUGAUUUGUGAAAAUGCUAUAAAAAUGGUAACGCGUAUAUUGGAAAAAUAACUGGCAAGAAUGGAAUUAAAUAUUCCACUGUACAGAAUGAUCAUAUAAAAAAAUAAUCUAGAGCUCACGUCUCUCGUGAGUUUACGUAUAUAAUCGCGUUUACAUUUCUCUAAAUUCUAUACAUACGAUCUCGUAUAAGCGCGUCUGUCCAAACCUAUCACAUUUUUGCUAGUUUCCUCGGAGUAUUUAGGAAACUAAUAAUUCAUGAUAUAAAAGGUAAAAGUACUAAUUACAUUAACUCUGGACAUUCUCAUUAUUUUGGUCUUUAAAUACAAAUAGUUUAGAUAUUUGUAUUAAGAACGAAAACAAUAACAAUGUUCAGGAUUAAGUACGCAUAUUCAGACAUUGGUACUUUUACUUUAAUAAUCAUAUUUAGAAAUAAUAUAUAUGUGCAUAUAUAUACAUAUAUUAUAUACACUCGCUUAUAUAUAUAUAUAUUCGCUUACACAGUAGUCUCUUUUAGUACUUUAUAAAUUGUAACAUAUAAAGUUAUAUAAUACAUAACGUGUUUAGAUCCACUAAAAACAUGAAUCUAAAUUAGAACACUAUUAUAGCCUUAACUGUCUAUGCCAAAACUCGGGACGCGUUGCAUAUUUCGAUUGUAGAUUUUUGACUUGCUAUCUAGCAUUAUUCUGCUCACCUUAUCACUCAGUGCGUAACCUACGAGCCGCUUGAGAUUUGGGAGAUUUGUGUGACUUAUAAAUAUGUUUUUAAUAAUGAAAAGCUAAUACAUGUUUACAAGUUAUAUACGCUCCCAAAUCUCGAGGGGUCGUAGAUUGCGCGUCGGCCAAUGAGAUAAGUGGAAUAACGUUAGACGGAAUAAGAGUCGAAAGUUUGCAAUCGAAAUGUGCAACGCGUGCCGUGCUCUGCUCUAUACCGAAUUUACAAUUCGAGAAAACUGUGUAUAGUCUUUUAGUAACAACCUCCGUAGAAAUAUAUUGUGGAAAGACGGUAAAUUAAACAGAAAUAUUCUCUUUUUUUAUUUUUAAUGGACAACAAAUUUUUUGUAUUUUUUUUAUAGAAAUAACAACAAGAAUUUCCUAUAAUAAGAUUAUUUACUAUGAGUAUUAUUACCUAUUGUAUCACAUCGGCGAUAAUACAAUAGAUAAGGUACUCGGGGAGGUACUGGAUUCAAAACAAUAUCUUCGGAUAUUGCUUUUGCGGAGGUAUCGUCAUAUCUCACCCAAGUUCCAUAACCGACGUGGAAACAGUCUGUCACAUAAUGACCUUUCGUUGCUUCCUUUCCGUCGUGAUAGGUCACCGCAAAUAAUUUAUAUUGUUUUUGUUUCGGCAACAACUUUCUUGUAUUUGCCGAUAGGAAUUCUGUAAAAAAAUAAGAAAAUUUUCUAUAUUUGUAUAUUUUAUAUAUUGUAUUCUGUAUAUUGUAUAUACAUCAAAUUAUGGUAUAAAAAUAGAAUUUAACAAAACUGUUUCAUAUACUUACUGUUGUCAAUUUUAAGGUCAAUCGGAAAUUCUACUGCUUUAAUUAGUUUGGAACAUCCGUUAUAUUUGUACACAAACCAUUUUAAAUGCAGUAUUAAAACAGCAGGUAACUCUUCCAGCGUUACCUGCUUCCAAGCCUCGAUUUGUUUUUUCGUUUUAGAGCAAGUCAUACCUUCUAAUCUGUCCUUGCUCACAAGAAUAUCAAGGGCUUGUUUCACAGAGUCAGCUUUCUGUAAUAAUUCAGUUGUAUUAGAUAUGCUCUUUUUUAUUUUGCGUUAUAAAUUGUUCAUUAAAAUAGCUUGACUCAGUCAAUAAAUGUUAAUAUAAUAAUAUUUUGCAACAUGGAAAAAUGUAUUGUUACAUGUAAUGUUCACAAAUAAAGACAUGUAAUGUCACAAUAUAUAA